AUAAAUGACGUAAGAUGUUGGCAGGUGAGAGGGCCACUGAUAUAUAAAGGUGUUGGUACGUCAGUGUCUCUAUGAAACAGUAGUUGAGAUGGCGCGCUUGUUGCUCCUCACUGUACUUUCCCUCCUGGGCUCCACCAAUGCUAAGAAACUUAAGGUGUCAGGUACGGAUCUCACCUAUGGAGGAGAGAAAGUGUUCCUCAAUGGGUGUAACAUCGCCUGGCACGAUUACGGGCGUGACUUCGGCAAUGGUGACUACGACGGCACUCUGGAGCAAUGGGUGCAGGAGAUAGCCAGCUCGGGCGGCAAUUCUAUCCGAGCAUGGGUACACGUAGAAGGAUACAGCACACCGGUUUUCGACGACAGUGGGCACGUCACCGCGUGUGACAAGACUGGUGACUUUGAGGACGAUGUUCUUAAACUACUGAACGCUGCUGAGCAGAACAACGUGCUGGUAACUUUGACUAUGUGGAACGGCGCCUACCUCACCAACCAGAAGGCCGUCGAUCUCAUCAUGGACGACGACAAACUUGAAUCUUACAUUGAGAACUGCCUUAAUCACCUGAUGACGAAGAUCAAGGGUCAUCCAGCCCUGGCUGCCUUCGAGGCUGUGAACGAGGCUGAGGGAUCUGUGAAGGUGGAGAGCAACAGUAAUUCCUGCUACGACACCACAAUCAUCGGCCACGACGGCGCUGGCUGGACUGGCAAGAACAUCCCCAUGCAUAACUUCUUGAGGUUCAUUGGUCGGCAGAAUGAGGCAGUCCGCGCCAUUGACCCCGACACCUUGAUCACCCUGGGCUCCUGGGGUCAGUUCUCCGAGAACGACGUCUUCUUUAACUCGCACAAUCACUACACGGACCAGUGUCUCAACGAGGCGGCCGGAGGCUCCGACGCCCAACUUGACUUUUACCAGAUGCACACCUACGACUGGUCGGGAUCCUGGAGUUUUGGCGCUCCCUUCACUGUGAGUGCCUCUGACUACAUGCUGAACAAGCCCAUCGUGAUCGGCGAGUUUGCUUCGGUGUGUGCUGCGGGCACGCCUCUCCCUGACCUGUACGAGUACGCUUACACCCACGGCUACAGUGGAGCGUGGACUUGGCACUACACGGCCACAGGUGACUGUAGUGACAGCCGAGACGCACAGAGAAAGGCUCUUGGUCACCUGAAGGGACGAAAUGACCAUGGCGUCAUUAACUUCACUGUAGAAUAACUUGCUAACUUUUGUACAUAACCCUGGACUGAUGCUACCCCCUGAACCCUAACCUCCUGUUCAACUCUUCACUCCCUCACAGACCAACAAGAAGCGAGAGUGGAAACUUCUCAGCGUAACUGUUGUCUGUGGGAAGCAUUUGAUAACGAUUAUGUCAUGGCUACUGUUAUUAUAUUGCUAUAAUCAAAGAUAAACUAAUCUUAAACACUAUCAUAUUACAAUGUAUCAUCUCUGGAUAAUUUUUGGAUCAUGAUUCCAAUUUUCGUUUUCUAAGAGAUGCAAUAUUUUCUAUUGAUCGUAAUAAAUUGUAGCAAUGAA